AUUUCCGGUCGCUUGACAGACGUUCAUGUCACAGACUGUAAAUUGGGAUCCUUAGAUGCCGCGGUCGGGUUCGUGUAAUGCUUAUGGUCCAAUCUGCCUCUCUGGCAUCGAUUCACCGUCCUGUUGCUGGACAGGCUGCUGCCCUCGCCCGCCUCGUCGCUGCCAAGUGCUGCCUUUCAUCGUCCACGAGAGCUAGUUUGACGCAGAGUAGGGACUCAGUACAGCUAUGUUCGAGGAGGUCGAAGAAACGAUGACUUCUGAGGAUCAGCAGGAAAUGGAGGACAAAGUAAUCAGUCCCGAGAAAGCAGAGGAGGCCAAACUGAAGGCCAGGUAUCCUAACCUCGGAGCCAAGCCUGGAGGCUCAGACUUCCUCAGGAAAAGACUUCAGAAGGGGCAAAAGUAUUUUGACUCUGGUGACUACAACAUGGCCAAGGCAAAAAUGAAGAAUAAACAGUUGCCAUCAGCCCCAACGGAGAAGACUGAGAUCACAGGGGGCCACAUCCCAACACCUCAGGACCUGCCUCAAAGAAAGACUUCAAUCGUGGCCAGCAAACUGGCUGGUUAAUGGUUCUAUGUUUACUGUAUUGUCACCAUUCCAACCCCCACUUCAUAUCUACCUGCCGUUUUUGUUAGUUUUUCACCUUUUUAUGUAUUCUCUAAGAACAAGUUAUGUACCAAGCCAAAUACUUGAGGAAAAUUGGCCACUGUCAGGCACUGAACUGUCAGUGAGUUGAAUCCAACAAAAUAGUAGCAGAAAAUGUUUCUCAAGCUUUUAAAAGACUGAAUAGUGACUGAUUCUGAAAAUAUCACACUCAUAAAUAUGAAUGGAUGUUAAUGUUAUCUUAUUUUCAUAGAACAUUUUUUCACUUUUAAGGAUAUAUGCCUUCAUACAAAUGCCUAACAGCAGGUGAAAGGAUCUGCCUUCAUCACCACAAGGGAAUCUUGUCACUGGUAAUUAGAGACAACUUCUGAGUUAAGAAGAUGUUAUCAGAGUUUGCAUUGAGGUAUGUGUGAAGUACAAGUAUCAUUUACAGAUACGCUUUUCUGUUUGAAACUUUUGAGUGUUCACCUGCUCAUUUGGAGGCAUGUCUGUUUAAAUAGUGAAAAGUGAAGUAAUCAUGCUGUUUCUUUUCUAAUCCUUGAUUUUGUUUCUGUCCCUUCCUCUCCCUGUGAAGCAAUUUGAUUCUGUGCUUUCCAAGUACUGAAGAUUAGAUCACAGUUUGUAGCCAGUUGUAUUUUAAUUCAUUUUAGUGACAUUGGUUUUGCCAUGUCUUACUGCUGGUUUGCAUCUCAUCCUGACCUCUAAAAUGGCCUUAAAAGUAAUGAACCGUUGUUCCUCUUGAGCAAUAUUUGCUCCCUCAGUGAGAAUCUUAGUUGUGAGUCUUGCCUGAAAUGUCUGUCACUGUCUGACUGGAAUCACUUAGGAUUUUAUGGAAAGAAACUCCCUUGACAUGUCUGGUGUGUGCAUGUGCAUUAACUGUGCAGUCACACUGUGCCAUUUGUUUUGUAAAUAAAAUAGUUUUGCAUAAUAUCUUAUAAGAACACUUACUCAAUUGA